AUGGGCAGUAAAUGCUGCAAAUCUGCUCCAGAUGAUGAUGCAGCAGAGAGAGAGAGGCAGAAGUUGCUUCUUGCCAAACAACGUCAGAGAGCAAGAGAGAAGGCGGCUGGGAAGAUCCAGGCCUGGUGGCGUGGCACCCUGGUGCGUAGGACCCUGCUGGCAGCCGCCCUCAGGGCCUGGAUGAUUCAGUACUGGUGGAAAACACUUGUGUGGAAGCAGCUGCAUAAGCAGCGGCAGGCCAUUUUGAAGAACUAUGUAGUCCAGGAGCAGGCGGCAGUCAAGCUCCAGUCCUGGGUUCGCAUGUGGCAGUGCCAUCAACGUUACUGCCAAGUGUGCAAUGCUAUCUGCAUACUCCAAGCCCCAAAGAGCUGCUUCACCUUCCAGACCAAUGAUGUUUCACAGGCACAGUAUGGAGGCACUUUCAAUCAGCCAGAGUUCCACAUUGAAAUCCUAUCAGUCUAA